GGUGAACAGACGUCUUCUUGCUUUCAAUUCAGGCGCAUUGUAGACACCACUGAAGAAGGGGACCAAGCCAGAUGUAAGCCGUAUCUAGGAAGAGGCGGAUAGAGGGGAGGAGAAUCAUGGCGGAGGCAGAGAUUGUGGAAGGGUGCAGACUGCCUGUCCUUCGCAAGAACCAAGACAACGAAGUGGAGUGGCCGCUGGCAGAAAUACUGAGUGUCAAAGACCUGACUGGGAAGAAACUCUUCUAUGUUCAUUACAUUGAUUUUAAUAAACGAUUAGAUGAAUGGGUCACCCAUGAUCGUUUAGAUUUAAAGAAGAUUCAGUUUCCAAAAAAAGAAGCAAAAACACCAACAAAGAAUGGACUUUCUGGUUCCAGACCCAGCUCUCCAGAGCGAGAGGUGGUGAGUAAUCUGAGAAUACCCAGCUCACCGGAGAGAGAGGUGAGGAAGAUUCCAGAACUCAUUCAACCUCCAGUAGCAGCCCCUGCGGGAGGAGGAAAAUCUCUCCCUGUUCCACAGAAGCGAAAAGUUGAAGUAGUAUCACCAGCAACUCCGGUCCCACCAGCACCUGAGACCACACAAGCCUCUGUCUUCCCACAGAAUGGAGCGGCCCGCAGGCCAAGCGCACCUGCUGUUCCUCCUGGACGGAAACGGAAAUCUAACUGCCUGAGUGCAGAUGAGGAUUCUCAGGACAGUUCAGAUGGAAUCCCUUCUGCUCCUCGAAUGACGGGCAGCUUGGUGUCUGACCGCAGCCACGACGAUAUCAUUACCCGAAUGAAAAACAUAGAAUGCAUAGAGCUGGGCCGUCACCGCCUCAAGCCUUGGUACUUCUCUCCCUACCCGCAGGAGCUGACUGUGUUACCUGUCCUAUACUUAUGUGAAUUCUGUCUCAAGUAUCUUAAGAGUCUUAAAUGUCUACAGAGGCACCUGACUAAAUGUAACUUGCGGCAUCCCCCAGGAAAUGAAAUUUACAGGAAAGGAACCAUCUCUUUCUUUGAAAUAGAUGGACGCAAAAAUAAGAGUUACUCUCAGAAUUUAUGUCUCUUGGCCAAAUGCUUUUUGGAUCACAAGACGUUAUACUAUGACACAGAUCCUUUCCUAUUUUAUAUCAUGACGGAGUAUGACUCUAAGGGCUUCCACAUUGUUGGCUAUUUUUCCAAGGAGAAGGAGUCAACCGAGGAUUAUAACGUUGCUUGUAUCCUGACCCUGCCGCCUUAUCAAAGAAGAGGAUAUGGCAAACUUCUUAUUGAAUUCAGUUAUGAGCUGUCUAAGGUGGAGGGGAAGACUGGUACACCGGAGAAGCCUCUUUCAGAUCUAGGUCUUCUCUCCUACCGAAGUUACUGGUCUCAGACAAUCUUGGAGAUCCUAAUGGAACUGAAGACCGAAACUGGAGAGAGACCACAGAUCACCAUUAAUGAAAUUAGUGAGAUCACCAGCAUUAAGAAGGAAGAUGUCAUCUCUACAUUGCAGUACCUAAACCUCAUCAACUACUACAAGGGGCAGUACAUUCUCACGCUCUCAGAAGACAUUGUGGAAGGUCACGAAAGGGCAAUGCUGAAAAGGAUUCUUAGAAUAGACUCCAAGUGUCUGCACUUUACACCCAAGGACUGGAGUAAAAGAGGGAAGUGGUAGGAUGCAUACGUCGCAAAUAUCAAGGAGGACGGCAAAAUAUUAAAAUUGAGGAAUUUAACAGAUAGUAUUAUUGGACUCUUGUGAUCAUUUCAUAUGGUCUUUUAAGGACAUCUGUCAGAACAAUGAUGAUGCAUAUUUGUCAUUGUGGAUGAAGAACAAAUCUGAUUCCUCUUGUUGGAUGUAUGGGCAAAGAUUGUCUUUUUUUUUUUUUUUUUUUUUGCUAAAGUGGUAAUGUAUUUAAUGGAGCCAAGAAUCCCAGUUUUAAGAAUGGUCAGUGAUUGCUGCAGUGUGUCAACCUUGAGCUGGGACACUACCCCCCGGUAACAUGACUAGAUCCCGUAUGAGCUGCCUCCUGGAGAUGGCAUUCCAGAACAACUAUUAUGAAGGGUGAAAAGGAUUUAAACAACUAUUUUGUAAGUGGAUAGUUGAAUUACCCUUAGCAGGUGCAGUUUCCACCAUCAGUGAAAUAUUGGUUACCUUCAGUUGUAUUUAAAUGGUCCCUAUGUAUAGGAAUUGGGAAAAUACCACCAACUACAAUGAUUGAAUGGGUUGAAUUGAGGAAACUGUCCAGGAUCAUUAACAGAGCACAGCUGAGGCCUAACUCUAUUACUGCUGCUUAGUGUGAGGGUUGACUACACGAACUCUGUGUAAUAUGUUGUAAAUAAUGUUUCAUACCAUAUGUACAAAGCAUUUUAUUAAUAGAUUAUUUCCACUCCAUACAUGUUGUUUUGGUUAUUAAGUAUGUUAUUGUAAUGUAUUUAUAAUUGAUAAAACUUGCAACUAGGCUAUAUAUCUGCUGUUACAAUCUAAUUGUGACCCACGUACAAUGAACUGUUUCUAGUUUAUUUGGUUUCACAUUUUCUACCUUGUAUGUUGGGAAUAGUGUGUGACUAUCCUGCCCACUUUCUCAGACUGUUCAUAUAAUUCAUAUAAAACAAAUGUAACAUCA